GAACAUCAUAAGUUGCUCUGGGCUCUUUUUUGAUAUCUGUUCGUCUUUGGUUGGCCGGCCUAGGAUUAAAGCGGCGACCACCACAGUACUCCUUGCCACGAUGAAGCCAUUGAGUAUAAGCAGGCAAACAUAAGUGAUUCAUAACUACCUACACAGUACGCACUUCAAACUAAAGGAAAAAUGUGGCGCUCGCUGAUGUCAAGCCGCUUUGCGUCAUGGGUAAUCGGCAAGAUCAGCCUGCCCAAGCCGCGUCAGUUGCAGCAGGAGCUGGAUAUGCAGCGCUUGUACAUCCUGACGCAUCUCCAUAGGGCGGCUGCGCAGGGGAAGUCGGUCAACAUGCAGCAGCUCAUCCUCAAGACCCACUCCCUGGAGCCUUCCGCGGUCCGUGCCGAGGUGAAUGCCGAGCUCUCCCGCCAGGUUAUAGCGGUUGCGGAGCACCUGCACGACAUCCUGACUCAGGCUUGCGACCCCGCCCAUGCCGCCACCUCCCUCACCGCCGUACACCGCCGUACUCAACGCCGGCUGGAUCGGGAUGCGUCCGGGUUCACCAAGCUGGUCAGGAGCUUCACGCGGAGGGAUGAGGCAGGGGGAGCAGCAGGGGCAGGGCCAGCACCGGCUAGCGGUGGGCUGCAGCAGUUGCAGCAGCAAGAGCAAGGAGCUGGAGGAGCAGGAGCAGUUGCAAGCUGCGAUGGUAGCAGAGGGGGCAGCAGUGGUGGCAGUGGUGGUGGUGCGGUGUUGAGUGCCGGGGCGGUGGCGGCGGAGUUGCGGCAGCGGGUGGGGUUCGGGCUGGAGCUGCGGCCCUCCUCCGUGCCGCACCCGGAAGCAGGCACGGGGUUAUUCGUGAGCGGCGGGGAUGUACGACCGGGCAGUGUGGUGGCCAUCUUCCCCGGGGUGCUGUACGGCCGCACACAGCUGGCGCACAUGCCCAACUACCCGAGGGUGGACACCGACAACCCCUUCCUCAGCUGCCGAUACGACCAAAGCAUCGUGGACUCCAAACCCUGGGGCCGGGGCGACCCGGGGGGGACCUCCUCCCCCUCUUCCUCCCCUACCACCCCCACCCCCACCUCCUCCUCCUCCUCCUCCCCCCCCUCCCCCCCCUCCUGGUGGGGUUGGGCGGGUCCGCUGUCCGCCUCACUGGCCCUGCUGGAGGGGCGCCACCCGCUGGCACUGGCGCACUGGGUCAACCACCCGGGCAGGGGUCAGUCCCCCAACGUGUUGGAGGCGGCUCUGGACCUGCCGCUAGACCACCCCGCACUCAACACGCCCGCCCGGCCCUGGCUGCGGGCCUACCUGCCCUCCCUGCAGCCGCCCCUGCACUACGACCCGUACGGCAAGGAAGAUGAAGACGAGGACGAUGAGGAGGAGGAGGAGGAAGACGACGGUGGCAAGAAGAAACGCAGCAGCGGCGUUGGUAGCAGUGGUAGCAGCAGUGCCAGCGGUGGCAAGGCUGAGGGUAACGAGGGAAAGGAAGGGCAAGGGCAGGGGCAGCAGCAGCGCAGGAAGCGAGCCCCUGGGGAGCUGCGGGCGGAGGAGUUGUUCUCCCCUCCCGGCGGUGUGGUGCGGCUGCUGGUGCUGGUGUCCACUCGGGCGCUGCGGGAGGGCGAGGAGCUGCUGCAGAACUACCGCAUGAACCCCCACGUCACGCGGCCAGAGUGGUAUGUCGUACAUGACGAGGAGGCGGAGCAGCGGCGGUGGGCCAAGGCGCCGGUGCUGGAUCUGGGGUUCAAGGGAGCCAAGGCGCCAGCAGGGGGAGCAGCAGGCCCUGAAGGUAGAGAGUAGGAGACGCAGUAAUCCCAGAUGAGGAGAUACGGGGAAGGGGUGGUCGGAAGACGGCGUGUGGGUUUAGCGCGGCUGGGCGAUGGUAUGUUGGAGGCGGUGGUGGCGGUGGUGGGUUGGUGUCUGCAGGAGCCCGGUGUUGCCGAGUACUUGGGGAUGGAGGGGCGGCUGCUUACGGUGCCCCCCUGCCCGCAGUGAUGGAUGGCGAAAGGUGGUCCAUGCAGCGAGUAAGCGGAUAGGAGGAACAAGGCUGGGCUUGCGGUGAAAGGUGGUCUUUGACUGGGGGGUGUAGGCGGCUUCUUCCCGCGUCAUGCACCCAGAGGGCCGUUCCCUUACAUGGCGUACCCUCGUGUGCCUUGUACGGCCUAGUACACGCAGCUACACUCCUUUAACGCGAUUCAGCACGGU